AUGGCAGCAGACCGGACCGGAGCGACGCUUCAGCAAACCGACGAGCUUCAGUCAUCACAUUUGGAGUUGCUGGAGGAUCGCGUAGGGAAUAUCCCGAAGAGACAUGCCCGGGUUACCGUCAAGUACAACCGGAAGGAGCUGCAGAGGCGACUGGACGUGGAGAAGUGGAUCGACGACAGUCUGGACCGGCUGUUCUUGGGUCAGGAAGGUGAUAUGCCAGAUGAGGUAAACAUUGAUGACCUGAUUGACCUGCCUAAUGAUGAGGAGCGAGUCAAAAAGUUACAGGAGCUUCUUGGAAAGUGCAGGAACAACACAGGGACCUUCAUCAGAGAGCUGGUGUCAAAGCUGGAGGGAGUUCAGAAGCAGGAGGAGCUGCAGAGCGAAGGCAUCGAGCAUCCCAUCAUCUGCCACAACCCCUACCGCCAUGAGCCCUACCACUUCAACAACCCGCAGCAGCACCAUCACUCCCACCACACCCGAGGCCAAAACCAGACCCUCUGACCACCCCUCCAACCAAGACACGACGUCAUGACAUGAAACAAGUGUCUGUUGGACUAUGAAAGGCAAAGAAAGACUCUACUCUACUCUUAAACUCACUAAUUAAGAAGUCACAUCUUGAGUGUCUUUUGGUUACAAGACUCCAGGAAUUCACUGCUCCUGGCCAAGAAAGAGUCUGGCACAUCUCCCACCAUAAAAACACAGCCUUUUCCUAAAAUGUCAGACUUUUCAAAGAAAUAACUUUUCGUGUCAUAUCUCACAACAGAGAUCCAUAAUAAAGACAGGAAAAUUAGAUUUUGAGAAUAAAUUCAUAAUAUUAUGAGAAAAAAAAUCUUACAUUUCUAAGUAUGAAGUCAUAAUAUUGCAGAGUUAAAAUCGUACAUACAUGAGAAAAAAAGUUGUAAUAUUUUGAGAUGAAACUCGUAAUUUUAUGAGAAAAAAGUUAACUAUUAUGACCAGAGAAUUGGGUAAUAUGGUAAAAUCCCCUGUCCAUAAUUUCCUCUUUUUUUUAUAUUUUCAACAUUUUACCAUUUGUUCAUCCAUCCAUCAAUUCUGAUUAUUUAUUCAUACUUUGCCACUUUUUAUACGAUACUAUCCGAUUCUCCAGUCUUAAUCUGUGAUUUAAUUUUUCAUGAAAUUAUAAAUUUAAUCUCACAAUAGUAUGACUUUUUUCCCUUGUCAAUUUCUGAGAUUAAUCUCGUCAUAUUCAGACUUUUGUUCUUAAAAAAAUAGGGAGUUUUUUACCCUCACAAUAUAAUGACUUUUUGCUUGGAAUUGCAACUUUAUCUUUGCAAUAUUAUGACUUUUUUUUUUUUUUUUUACCCAAAAUCUUUGGGGGUUUUUCUUUAACAUAGUCCUGAUCCUCCACUGUAAUAUCUCAAUGAUUAAUAUGGAAAUACAUUCACAACUCUUCAGAUAAUUUAGAAGGAAAGACACUUGAGAUGCCAUGUAGCACAACACAUGACAUCAUAGAAAAAUACUUUUCCACUAAGUAAUUUGAUAAAUACUUUAUUUGCAACCUCUGACUUUGACUUUAACUCGACUGGAAAAGGCUUUCAUUAUCUGACUCUUACUGUUAUCACCACAGUUUCCAUAGUUGGAUGCAGGUUUGUGGUACUAACUGAUAAAGUAUCUGAUGAAAGAAGGCAAAAGAAAGCAGGAUCAACUAAACCUAGAAUACACCUCUCUUGAUUUAAACUAAUCCUAUCACACAUCACUGUCUGAACCGAUGUUUCAGACCAAUGUGUCCCACCGUCCACUCAACACAUGAGCAACUUUUCAAAUAAAACUGCCAGAUUAGAUGCACAUAUAUGACUUAUUUAACAUGUUAGGUAAUGGAGAUCCUGAGUGUUAUUUAUUGUCAUGAUUACAGGAAAUGGAGAUAGAUCCAACAUGCCAGAAUGAUGUAACACUGGAAAUAAUCCUGUUGCAUUGCUUACAUACUGUAGAUUUUUAAUAUUCAGUUUUAAUAGUGAUGUUUCACCCCCUCUGUUUUUUAGAUGUGUCGUUACUACAUUUUCAGUUUUGUUUGUACAUUCACUAACUUUGGAUUUUGCAAAGAGACACAAGUUCUUUGUAAGAAUUUCUAAUAAAUUUAGUUCUUUCACUG